AGAGACACUGUUGCAACACACACAGAAACACACACAUUCAGAGAAGCCCCACACUUCUUUGGAACUUCCUCUGGCUUGCUGACUUAUAAGUGAGUGACUUGCACUGGGUUUGCAGUGGGACUGAAGUUCAGAGUGCAGUUGGCGCUGUUCAGCCGCAAAUUUACAUAAAGAUGGCAAACACAACAACCCCCUUUUAUGAUUAUGACAACUAUUCGGAUUUGCCCACCGAACCGAAAGGACCAUGCGACCACAACAGUUCUAACCUCUUAGGAGCUCAAAUAUCUGUCCUCUACUACUUCAUGUUUGCCUUCAGUCUCCUCGGCAACGGGCUGGUCCUGAUUAUCAUCUAUCGAUUCGAAAGGCUGACAACUGUGACCAACAUCAUGCUGCUGAACCUGGUGGCGUCCUCCCUGAUCUUCAUGAGCAGCCUUCCCUUUGUGGCCGUCUACAUGCAGAUGUCUGAAUGGAUUUUUGGGUCAGCUAUGUGCAAGAUCGUCUUCAGUGCCUACUACAUGGGCUUUUACAGCUCAGUUUUCUUUUUAACUCUGCUGACGUUUGACCGACACCUGUCUGUUGUGUAUUCGCUGACUGCUGCUCCUGUGAGGAAUCAACGUUACGCAGUCAUUUCCUGUGUUGUGGUGUGGCUGGUGAGUGGUUUGGCUUGCAUCAGGCCGAUGCUCAUCAUGAACACGUUUAAACACUUUAACCACAAGGUAUACUGUGAAGAGUAUCCCAGAAUCCUCCCACAAAUAGAUGUAGAGAAGCUGACAAAUGCUGGAUUUUAUAUUCAGCUUUUUGUUUUCCUCAUCCUCCCUCUGGCUGUUAUUAUCUACUGUUACGUCAGGAUCACAAUCACAGUCAUAUCAUCCAGAAUAGCUACGAAAUUCAAGACAGUCAGACUGAUAUUCGUCAUUGUACUGAUGUUUUUUAUCUGCUGGACUCCUUUCAACAUAGUAGAACUCCUGCAUGGUAAAUUCACAAGCUGUGAGGGUAAACAGAGACACAGUUAUGCUCUUCAGGUCACCCGCAACAUGGCAUACUUCUACUUCUGCAUCAGUCCAAUGUUUUACACAUUUGUAGGGAGAAAAUUCCAGAACUACUUCAGACAUCUUGUGGUUAGUCGUUUUCCAACCUUGAAGAAGUAUAUUUCUGUUGCUGAAAUCAGCAGAAAUAACACGUCUACAAAAGUGACAGGAACUGAGGUCAGCGACGGGAGGGGAAGCUGGAGCUUACUAAGACAUCAGACAGAUAAUAUGACAAAUCAACAUGGGAAUAUAUAAGAAAAGCAUUUGUUAGAUGAAAGUUUAUGAGUGAUAAGAAAAUAUGUUUACUGAUCUGGGCUGGAAUAAUAUAGUUUUGGUAUAAAUUUGCAAUUCUAGACCUUCUGUAGAUUUUCAUUCAUAACUUUGAGAAAAAUAAAUGACAGCAAUCUGUAAAGAAAUUUAAAGUAAUGUAAUGUGUAAAAUGCCCUUACAAAAUACUUCCAUCAGAGUUGGCCCCUCUGCCUUAUCCUUCUUAUGUAAAACGCAGCCAACGGUGUGUGAGAGCUUACAAUGACAACUUGACAGGGCAACCUGCAACAAACAAAAUAUUCAGGGAGAUUUCACAGAUACCGGCUGUCGAGAGAUAGCAAACGACAUCACUGGAGCAUCCACUGUGUAACCCGUCCACCUUCCCAUGAUCCCGCCCAUAUUUACGCCCACAUAGUGAGGAACACAAUACCCAUGGAGACACAUCUAGUCCAACUUGGGUAGAAGUAGCUGGAGUGAGACUUGACCAUGGAGAAAGAGCUUGUCUUUCUGUUGUAGUACAGGCAUUACUUACCCUCAGAGGGAAAAGGCACGUUUUUACUCAGUGCAGCACUGAUUCAUAAUGAAACGUGAAUCAGUCUGUGUGUGUGGGUUAUUACCUGGUACUUCAACUGACCCCCGCAGUCCAGAAACUUGGCUGUUGGGUUAACUGGGCCCUAAGGUGUAGCAAGAAGCCUUUUCUUCCUAAAAAACAAAACACCUAAAAAUCUUUUAGAAGAAUAUAUUAAAGUCUGAGUAAACCAAACUUUAACUUUAUGCUCUAUUUACAAAAAAAUAAGCUUAGCAUGGAAACAGCAGCAAACUACUAGAAGAAUACCAUAGCAUCUUGUCCUGGGGUUACCUUCCCUCCGAGGUUGCUAAACAUUUUAACAAAGUGGAUGAAAUCAUGACCAGUCUAAAUAUUUGUCAGUUUUAGCCCAAAUUUAUCAGACAAUUCUAGUUUCAGUAUAACCAUCCAAGAAGCCAUCUCAAGAAGAGUUUCACAAGAAGGAAUGUAAAGUUUGUUUUUAUGCCUUUCCCUCUGACAAAUUUGCCUUUCAGUUGAUUUGUUUUGGAUAAAUUUCACAUUACAAGUUGUAGCCUGUUUACAUUCUCUGUGCAUUAAGGCAGCUUGCCAAUCAUUGAGGAACAACUGCUGACCAACACAAACUGGACUCUACACAGUCUGAUAAAAACAUGUUCCAUGUUCAUUUUUGGCGCGCUCGUUGCAGUUCUACUCCAAACAGUAGGUAUCACCACUGAUGCAGCAUAGUGAGUCAGUCACAAAUCAAAAUGUCGCAGUUUACCAGAACAAAUCGAUGCCAACCUUUAAAAGCUGAUGACUCAAGAGAUGACUUAGAAAAUGUCACUUAUUACACCUGCUGUACUGAUACCGGUAUGAGUCGAUGAACGUUAACACCCCGAAUGCACAUAUGUAAAUAAAUCUGUAAAUAGUUUGCCUCUUUUUCAGUGUUUUGUGCUGAUCUGACUGAAAUGACUGUAGAGAGAUCUCUUUAUUAUACUGAUCUUGACUUUGCUGUUUAAUAACCAGGAUCCAUUUAGAAUGUAUACAUUUGACGUCUCUGAUUUGAUUGAGUUGACUUUUUUGUUUCGAUUUGCAAACUGCUUGGAGACAUGUUGGGAAUUGGGGCAAAAAUAAAUAAUAAUAAUAAAAAAAUCUAACUAAAUCUGUAAGUAGUUAUGAUUAGUUGUAGAUAUUUUCUUUUUUCACUGAAAAUAAUGACUCAGUAUUGCAUCAAGUUCAAUUGUUGUGGAUUAUAAUGUGUUGUUUAUUAUUGUUUGUUUUACUUAGCUUGUGUUUUUGUGUGUAAUAAUCUGUUGCAUUUCCAAAGACCAUUAUUUUGUCAUUAGUUGCCAACUAGUUUGGAUUUUGUACUUAAAGUUGAUUGUUUUGUGCUGAAGAAUAAAAAACAACUCAAAAUA